AUGGAGGAAGAAAAAGAAAUGGCAGCACAUUGCUCGAGUCAUGUGAUUGAAGAAAAACUGGGUAAUUGCAUGAGCCAUGCUAGGUGGAGAACAUUUUCAGACUUUCCUCUUCUGACUGAUGAGAAGUUUGAUUUUGACCUUUCACUCUCUCCAGCAAGUGGAAAUGAAGAUGAAGUUUUUGUUGGACCUUUGAGACACAAAGAAAAAUGUAUUGCUGUCAAUAUCGAAGCAAAAAAAAGUGCUAAAAAAAAGACUGUGCCUGCUUCUGAUGAUAAAUGCAUGUGGAGCCCACUUACAGGAGAGAAAUUUGUGGAAAUUUUCAAAGAAGCUCAUUUGUUAGCACUGCAAAUAGAGACUGGAAGCAAGAAUCAACAGACUAAAACAAGCCAAUCAGAAGAACGGGAAAACAAGAUGAUAGAAAAAUUUGUGCAGGACUCAAAGGCAAAAUUGAAAAUACUGGGAAAACAAAAUAUAGAGACAAGUCCUAGGGCUGUUAAAAGGGAGACAUACUGUGUGCAGGAUAGCCCAGCAUGUCAACUGCCGCCUUGUUUUCCGAAGGAAUCGGAUAAACUUUUGUCAGAUGACAAAACACGUGCUCUUCAUACUCCUCCAAAUAGAAGCCCAGUUAAAAUUCAUGCAUCUCCUACAAAAAGUGCCAAUUCACCUCUGACACAAGAACAGAAAACUAAGGAAAGAAAUACAAAGGGAACUGGCAAACUGCCAAUGGCGAAACCUUCAUCUACUCUUGGCAGAAGCAAUUUGUUGACUAUUGAAAAGCCCAAACCAGGAAAACAUACUAGCGUUUCUACAAAAAGAGACUCGAACAGUAUGGGAUCAUCUGAAGAUGUAAUUUCUGAUAAAUCUAGUGCUGCUUCAGAUGUCUUUGAGUCUUUGUUCAGUGGCGGUUUCUCAGUGCAAGACAAAAAAGCCCUUCCUGUGCCAAGUAAGCCUGACUUAAAGAAGAUAACACAUCUGAAACGUCCUGGUGUUGCCAGUGGUCUCACAAGAAAGACUACUUUGUCAUCUUCAUCAUCAGUUUCCAGCAGGAACUCAAGUCUGAAUUCAAGUUUACUCAUUUCUCCCACAGGAAAAAACGGAAAAUCAAGUGUGUCUGCAAGAGCUAGUGUGAGUGGCUCUAAGCUUUCAUCUAGUACAAACAGGCCGGCCCUUGUCAGACCUACCAGAGUGUCAUCUCUGCAGGUUGCCAAUACUGAGAAAUCCAGGAAGCAAGCAACAUCAGCUAGUACUCCCAAAAUGUCUAAUGCUGUAAGCUUGGCUAAAUCCUCAGCUUCUGCAACAUCAUCUGAGGCUGUAGGCACUGGAAUUCAGAGGCUGGGCUCUGAUCCCAGUCUGCAGAAGCUAUGUCAGCAGAAUAAAGAUGGAAGUGCAACAAAAGGAAGCCUGUGUCCAAAGCCCAAGUCUAGAGCUUUGUCCGUUCCUACAAGUCAAACUAAGGUUCCAGUGAAGAUUGGAGAUACCCCAUCAACCAAAUCAGCACCAAAAGCAACACCGUCUCUUGGACUAGCAUUUUGUGGCACACUUGGAAGUGCCAUGGCAGUCAGCACUCCUGUGAGAGCCUCAGAAGAAGGGAUCUUUCAGAAUACUUGUUUUCCUGAGAGGUCUGUCUCCAUGACUCCUGCCAGUCUGAAACGGUCUGGCAUACCUACACCUCUUCGUCGUAUCUCAGGAUUUCCAGCAGUGACUCCUAAAACUGCACCAAGAAUGGCCUUUUCUCCAUAUGUUGCACCUGUUCGCCGAAGUUCCAGCUUUUCUACCAAAAAGACUCUUACAGCUGGUUCUAAACAGACAAAAGAGAGUAAGACACAGAUAUCUUCUUCAGAAGAUGACAUAUCACCUCCACCUGUGCUACCUCUUGCGCUUAACUUCUCACCAGAAAAAAAUGAUACAGAAGCAGUAGAAAACGAAUUAAAAGAGGCUGAAGUACAAAAUCAGCUGGCUGAAGAGAAACAAACUGAGGCCUUACUAGUAGAUAUUGGAGUAGACAAAUCUCUCUCACACACUUUAGAAUGUGAAAGUAGACCUCUGAUUGAUCUUUCCAAUACUCCUGAAGUAAAUAAGAUUACUUCCCUAAAGCCUACGUUCUCAGAGCAGGUAAAGCUAAUUGAUUUGAGUUCGCCUCUUAUCACUCUGAGUCCUGAUGUAAACAAAGAAAAUCUGGAUUCCCCUCUACUCAAGUUCUGA